AUGGAUAUUCGCAAUCUACUCAACGCCCAAGACCUCGAAGGCGCCCACCUUGCAACGACCACUACCACUACUACUACUACCUCCUCCUUCGACGCGCAGAACAACAGUCCCCACGACAAGCAGUACGUCUGCUCCUGGGAUGAUUGCGGCAAACGCUUCUCGCGACGCUCCGAUCUUUCGAGACAUCGAAGGAUCCACACCGGCGAACGUCCCUACCACUGUGAAUGGGACGGCUGCGGUAAACAGUUUAUACAACGCAGCGCACUCACCGUACACUUCCGCACACACACUGGCGAACGUCCUCACGUGUGCGAGUACGACGCUUGCGGCAAAUCCUUCAGUGACUCCUCAUCCUUAGCGAGACACAGACGCACCCACACUGGAAAGCGCCCCUAUGUAUGCGACUUUCCCGACUGUGGCAAAUCUUUCACACGCAAGACCACCUUGUCUCGUCAUCAGCGCUGCCAUGACCCCAGCUGGAAGCCAGUAAAUGCCUCCACCAAAUCUCCGCCUUCCCCGGCAACGAGCGAGGAUUCCGAAGCCGACAGGUCGCCAAGUCCUCCUGCCACUCCGACCGAUCACUGUUCGCAAUACCGCGUUUCUCCGCCAUUGGUUGCACCUAUUGUCUAUAGACCUUCGGCACAGCAACAGCAACAGCAGCAACAGCGAGUUUACAUGUCGGAUACGAGACAGCAUCCAUACCACCAGCACCAGCACCUGCACCUGCAGCAGCAGCACAGAUGGUCUGCACCAGCAUCUGCAUUUACAUUCCAUCAUCCAGCUGCAGAGCGUCCUGCUUCGUGCGCCAUGACACCCUCGACUCCCGACUAUCAUCCUCAUCAUUACCACCCUUACGCGCAUGCAACCACGCGAAACAACACAUCUGCAGCUGCUUACUCGAUCAAGAUCAAGUAA